AUGGCUCCUCCCGCUACAUUCGUAGAAUCGAUGGCUCUGCAGGAGGUUAUGAUAUCAUCACCGCCGGAUAUUAAGCCCACGUCGAGCAAUAUCAAUGACGCAGCACCAACAGGAGGCAGGAGGGUGUUUAAAUCAACUAGCAUAACCGGUCACUUCCUCGUAGGCGGAAAGCCAAAAAUACCGUUUAUAUACACCGUAGAAACCCUCCGACAAGGGAAAACAUAUUGCACAAGAAAUGUCCAGGUCAGACAACCGAGUCCCACGGACCCCCGUCCGCUCGAUUCAGAGGUCAUAUUCAUCGCCACUGUAUCUUUCAAAACUGUGGAACCACGCGGACUAGAAAGUCAGGUUCCGCCGCCGAAGGAGUUGAAGCAGUGGGUAUCGAACCCGAGGGGACGAGAGAUUGCCCCGGCAGUCGAUGUUCCUAGCUGGAUCGAGUUUACAAAGCGUAAGGGUAUGCGAUCAUUCUACACGGCCGUCGAUCUUAGGAAGGUCGAUGUGGAAGAAGAGAAUAGAUCGAGACCUCUGCACGAGUAUCGAAAGUACGCAUCAGACAGAAACGGCAUGUUCGCCGUCACAGGUCCCCACAACGCCAGCGACAAUAUAAUCCACACAGGCUCUCUCUCGCACACCCUCAUUUUCCACGCCAACCCCGACAAACUCCUCUUCUCAAACACCAAUGAAGGAGAAGAAGAAGAUAAUUCGUCAUCAUGGACGAUAUUGGAACAAGUCGGUGAUAGCGCAAGUGAAGGACGUGGGCUGAUUAGGUCGAGGAUAUGGAGCGCAGAUGGGACGUUAUUGGCCAGUGUUAUGCAAGACGCUUUGAUCCGCGUACGAGUCGAUAACGGCGAGAAGGUUGAUAGGCGGAAGCCAACCUUUUCAGAGUCAUUGAAAAGUAUGCUGUAG